AUUGUUGCUUCCGCGGUCACACCUCAAGUGACUAGGCAUCAUUUUGGCAACAAAAAACGGCGUUAAAAACAUUGUUUUUCUGUUUGACUAAUAACAAAACCAGUAAUGUCUGCCCCCGAUAAGGAGAAGGAGAAAGAGAAGGAGGAGACCAACAACAAGGGCGAGGACUUGGGUCUCCUGGAGGAGGACGACGAGUUCGAGGAGUUUCCCGCCGAAGAUUUCCGCGUUGGCGACGACGAGGAGGAGCUCAACGUGUGGGAGGACAACUGGGACGACGACAACGUGGAGGACGACUUCAGCCAGCAGCUGAAGGCCCAUCUGGAGAGCAAGAAGAUGGAGACGUAGACCGGUGGCCCUCCCCUGCGUUCGAUCCUAACCAUGAAAACGAGCUGAGCUGUUUGCAGUUUAUAGAAUAAAAUCAGUAUAUUAAGUGGAA